GGUUUGGCAGAGAAUAAAGCAUCGGCACAGGAAGCUGGAGUGAGUUGAGCUGUGAUUUACCUGUGCCCAGGUGUGGAGUGCACCCAGCACCAUGGGGUAAAGCUCCGGGUGGGAGGCUGGGGGCUGCCAAAAUGAAAUCGUAGAACCAUUGAGGUUGGAAAGGACUUUUAAAAUUGAGUCCAGCCACAUUGGGAGGAGCAGGAAGUGCGGUCCCUGAUGGCAUGAGGUCAAACCUCCAGCCUUGGGGAGGAGGGUGAACUGUCUGAGGUGCCCUGGUAGGUCCCACUGCAGGACCCUGCAGGGCCUGGCAUACUGCUGGGCAUCCCUUUUCCCCUUGUCCAAGGGCUCCCUGUGAGUCACUCCCAGGCUCAAUCCUCUUAGUCCCUGAAGCCAGCUCAGCAUCCCCAGGGUUCUGGUGCUCAGGGACACAGCCAAGAGGCAGCCCUGGCCAUGGCCCAGUCUGACCCAGUUCAGGAUCCCACAGAAAGGGCUCUCAGUCAAGAUGUGACCAGUUUGGGUGACCUGUACACACUGGGAGUCAGUGACACAUGCCUGAGUACUGUGAGUAGGGUCACCUGUGUGUGAUGUGGAAGGCGAGGGGCUCCAGACUGCAGUUCCUCAGCACUGAGGACAUCUGAUUUCACACUGUUUGGAAUCAGCAGCUGUUAUGGGUUGCUUGUCCCCCUUCCCUCACCCUCUGUAGCCUGUGGGUGAUGGGCUGGACCCAGCUGGCACUUUGGCCUCUGGGGUAUCCCUGUGUCAAUAUCCAUCCCCAGGACAGUGGGAUGCGUGAUUUCCCCCAGGCCAUGUAAUCACUUCCACUGUUCCCUUCUUGGCACAUGAGCUGCAGCACCCUGGAGUUUGCCAGGCUGUUUCUCCUUGGCUACCUCAGUUACCACCUCAGCUGCCCCUUUGUUCUCCAACUUUUCCACGGGUGACACACUCAGACCUUGCAGGGUUGUUUCCCAAUCAUUCCAUGCCAACAUUUGUCCCUGCUCCCCUAAACACCUUCUAAGAGAAAAUUGGAACAAAAUGCAUUUCUGAGGCUGGGAUCUGGGCAGGGGUAAGCUGGUGCAGCAGAGCUGGUAAGUGCUGGAGUGGAGCAGGGCUGAGCCUUGAGCCUUGCCUUGGUACUGAACCCCACUAGCACCUUCAGCCCUCCCAGUCUAGCCUGUGCUGGAAGGGUUUGAGGUUUCUCCAAAGCUGCUGCUGGCCUGGGCUAAACUCUCCACCCUCUUGGUGUGGGAGGGAUUGCUUUUGGGGAAAGCAUGGACUCUGCACCCCUCUGCAGGCUGCUCUGUGUUGGGCAGGGGAUUCUGGGUGCUGGGGUGACACAUGGCAGCCAGCUGGGAAGGCAAGAGCCUCUUGCCAUGGGCUGCUUCACUGUACAGCAGAGAGCCAGGGAGCCUCCCUGGCUGAUGUGUCCCCAUCCCCUCUGCCCAUCACCUCCCCACCCCAGGGUGCUGUGUCUUCUGGGAUCUCAGCCAUUGGCUCCAGGGAUCCAGGACCUGCUGAGUGAUUUAACCCAGCCCAGAGGAGGGAGGAAAGACCUUGGCCAUCCCUCCCCAUCCCUGUCUUUGGGGGAUCUCCAGCUGCAGGUGACUCCCCACACCCAGGGGGGCAGAGGUACCAGUGGUGCUUCCAGAGGGGUGGGAUUUGGGGACCCUGACCCACAUUGGAGCCCACUGAUCACCCCCCAUGCUGAGGCAGCUGGGCUGUGCCUGGAUUAGCAAGUGCUAAGCUCCUUCUCAGCAACACAGCUCUGACUCUGGGUGAGUGGCACUGCCACCAGCCAUGGGGACACCACUGUCCCUGUGAGCUGCCAGCGCUGAGGAGCCUUUUGGACCCUGAUGCCACUUCCUCCCCUGCAGUCCCCUGCCUGGGAGACACUUUGGUGGCUCGGGGUGGGGGUGCAGGGAUAGCUGGCCAUGGCCCUGGCGGGGGGUGUCCCCCUGGCUGGCACCGGGGGCGCGUGGGGGCCACGGCACUUGCUGCAGUCACCCCCCGAGGAGGAUGGGGUGCUGUACGUGGACUACAAGCCCCCUGCCCUGGACAGCAUCCGCCUGCCCCACUACGUCCUGUACCUGAUGAUGGCAGCAACGCUGGUGCUGGUGGUGGCAUAUGCCAUCGUGGGGCACCUUAUCAAGGACCUGGUGCACGACUUUGCUGACUGGGCAUUUGGGCCUAAGCCAGAGGAGAAGGCGGGGAUGGCCGAAGGCACCACGCUGGAGGCAGAGUGGCUGGAGAAGGACGAGGUGCUGGUGGAGCAGGCGGUGGAUGACGAAGGCAGUGGCAUCCUGCCCAGCACAGACAUCCCCCUGGGGCUACUCGCCCCACGCAGCUCUGUCUCCUUUGCUGACUCCCCCAAGAAGAGGCUCUUCUGAGGCCAGAGGACAGCCCUGCCACAAGCAGGAUCCUGCAGCCCUGCCUGACCAUUGGGUCACAGUGUGGCCCUGGCCAUAGGCACUGCCCAGCAAUGCUGCUCUCGGGGCUCCUCGUGGGCUGUUAUGCCAAUAAAGCCACCUGGCCCAGUCCUGCUCA